CACACCACUCUUUCAUUCUUCAUUACCUGGACUUCUUCUUAUAAUGAGGGUUCCGACAAUCUUGUUCGCAUUGUUGGCGACUGCUUGGGGCGAGGAUGUGCUUCAAGACAUACCUCUCCAUCCUACUCAACUCGUGUCGGACGAAGAGCCCCCAUCAUUAACGCCACUGGAUACUCAGCAUGACUGGGUCUACCCCGAGACUUUGCCACCCAUGCCUCAGUGCAUCGCCGAGCAGGACCAGCCAGCAUGGCUAAAUGCCAUGACAAAAUGCACAAAGAAGCAAUGCAUGCGACACUUUGGAGUAAUCUGUACCCGCCACCAAUGGCGCACUCAGCUCAGCUGUCUCAACACCGAGCUUUCUCCUCAAUUUCUUGAACAGUACAUUGAAUACUGUAGCCGUUCGGUUCUGAAAAAGGCACAACUGUACCAGUGGAUCCGUACAACGACGGAUCGUACAUGGCUUGUUGAGGUCGGCGAUGCCAACGGGUUACAAAGGCUUUCUCCAGCCUCGCUAACCAAAGGAUACGCGGCCGUUCGUAUCACAGACAAAGCGCCGACAUGUCUGACUGGGUCGGUAUCUGCCUCAUCAAUGGAGCCAUUUGGACAAGUCAUGGCAUCUUGCAGUUUCGAGGCUUCCACUAGACAUACGGGGUAUGCUAAACGUCCGUGGGAAUAUCAUGAAGGACAGCAUACAAUGGUCGCGCUUGAUACCGAGGUUGCUGGAUACGACCUGACGCAUGCCAUUAUCCCGGACAAUGAUUACUUUGACAAGCAGUGUUUCUGCAAGACAUUCGAUGCAAGUCUUGCAGAAGGCGAUUGUGCAGGGCCCGGAGUAGAUUCGACGAGGCAGCGGCUAUGGAUGCAUGCUACUUGUGGAUCUGCUUCACUUCCCCCCAACUGGAGGCAAGGACUCAAAACCACUCCUCACGACUACAUUCCUACGGAAAUAUGGAAGUGGCCUCAGUGCGUCGAUUCGAUGCCAGAUAGCGUGAUGCAGCUCAAGGACCAGUGCACGACUAAUGCUUGCAGAGUUGGCUACGACGGAUACUGCUAUGUCCAACGUGCAGUAGAGAGAUCAUGUUUCUGCCGCAACAUCAGCUACGGCACAUGCAAAGGAUCCUGCCACGUCUUCGAAAACCGAAUUGACUACGUACACUGGCUUCACGACUUAUGCGGCGCCGAGGAUGACUGGCAUGGUUUACCAGAGGACUGGCAUCGACUAGCUAGCGUCAAUCGUCGCGAUGCCAUCCCAUGGGCAUGGUACACUGAAUCAUUCGGUCUUUCAAAUAUCAGCACGGGAGAAAUCGACCCAUCACAAUCCGAACAAGCGUGUGCAUCCAGCGAGUGGAAACGUAUGAGUCUCCUCCUCAUCAACCUCGCCGCCCUCUUCACCGCCGUCUUCGGCCCAAAACCAGCCUCCAACCCAACCACAAACCCCCUAAACAGCAUCCUCUGGUUCCCGCGCGGUAUCGCCGUAGCAGCCUUCUACCUCCUCGCCAACGCCCUCAACGCCAUGCUCAUCCAAUCAACCCCCACCUAUGAGGAAACCCCUAUGACGGAGCUCGCCCUCCUCUGGUGCACCAUGCCACGCCUGACCUGGCUCACCAUUAUCCUCGUCCUCGCCUCGCCCUACAAACGCUCCACCUUCUCCGCCGUAGCCACAGCCAUCGUAUCCGAGACCCUCCUGCAAGCUCUCUCCUCUCCCGCCAUAAUCUCCACUGUGUCGUACGGCAUCGAGCACGGCUUCUACAACCCAAAUACUCCCUUACUACUUGAACUACCAGCAGCAACGUACAUGUACGCCGGCGCCCUCAUGUGGGUCGUCGUAAUCGUCCUGUCUGUAAUAUCUUUCUUAAUCGUCCUCCUCGAUGCAACGCCUGCGCACCGGAGUCACACUCGGAACACUCAUCUCGCGGCUCAGCUCAAAAAACAGUUUGUAAAGCGCUGGAUGUGGAUCGAGGAGAAAAUAGCAGCGUAUUGGAUCGAUAGGGAUUGGGAUUUUGAACACACGCCGCUCAUGCAGAAUGAGGGUUAUGUUCACGCUGUGUACGGGACGUUGCCGACCCAGAGUUCAAGAGGGCGCCGGACGAAGAGGAGUAUAGUGAGAGUCACGCUUCUGGCGAUUGUGAGUACGUUUUCGCUGUGGAUUGCGCAGUGGCUGUUUUGGAUUGGGUUUGUGGGAAUUUCGGCGGAGGAAUUUUGUACGCCACAGCUGGAACUAUCAACCUUGACUUGGGUUGUUUCUUCAGUGGCUGCGGUCGUUGGUGUAGUGAAGGCAUAAGUAAGCACUGAAUUUGGAAAUGACUAGUUACUCAUGAUGUUGUUUUAAGAUAAAUCGCUUUGAGGGUAGAAGAUUACAUACUGGAUUCAUGAUGAAAUUAAUGCUAUACAAUUCCAAUACAAUAAAAUGAAAAAGAACGU